GUGUCUGACAGACAGUCUGUUGAGCUUGUCUGGAUGCUCCCAUUCACUCUCCUCUGUUCUGCCAUCUGCACUGCUGAGGACCCUGCAGCCUGGAGGGAGGACACAAGGCGGACAGAUCGUGACGCCCUUUCGGCUCGACUGUCCACAAUGCUUGGCAAGAGAUUAAUGGAAUCUGUGUCAUGUGACCAAAACCCCUCCUUGGCUCCAGAAGGAGGGUGUGAAGUGCCAGUGUGAGUGACAGGUAGAGUGAGCCAAUGAGCACCGCACCGAACUCGGCCCCGGGCCCGGACAGGGACAGUCUCCCAUUCAAGAAGAGGGACCCGAAGGUGGACUCGCCACAGCAACCCUCUGAUGCUGCAACGUUCAAGGCGCCUUACCCUUACAAAAGCCACAAUGGGCUGAAGACAACACACACGGGUCCUUUCCAGCCUAUUCCCCGAAGGGCACCUGCACUCUACCAGCCCUGGGUCCAGAUGUACACACCCACCAAGGCGAAAACUCACAUCGUCUCCCCGUUCAAGGAGCACCCCGGCUGGGCAGAAUGGAGAGAAUUUGGCUCCCUUCACCCUGGAUGGGACCUCCAGCACUUUCACCACCAGAGUCACUUCUCUGGACACCGCAGGCACCCAGGCCUCCAUCCCGGCCAGCUACACCACCCAUCCAAUUUCAGACCCAUCUCCAUUGUCACGGAGGGUUUUCCCGGGAUGGGAGGAGGAUACAGCUGGGAGGCACUAACUUUAAGGGAGGACAGUUUGAGCACUGAGAGGCAGACCAAUGGCAGGAAUAAGGGACCCUAUAUGAAGAGAAUAGACAGAAAGAUGGAACAUCCUCUUAGAUCCAUAAAGGCAAAUCCCUCUUCCUUGGGCACAUGCCUACCUCCCACUCCCAUGGAGAACCUUACGCCGCAAGAUGAGUUGAUGUACAAAUAUCAGACCGCAAGAGCUGUCAGACAUUCAUUUUCUGUGCCCUCAUCACAUUCCUCUGGGAAGAACUUCAACGACAAGUACACAUCCAUGAGAGUUAAAGAGGGCACAGCAGGAUCUCCUGUUCUCUGCUCCUCUCUGCAGACGUCUGCUUCCUCCUCCUCCUCUUCCUCCUCCGCCUCCCCCUCCUCCUCUUCCUCCUCUUCUCCUGAUCGCUUCCCCUGGCUGCUCCCUCACUUUGUGGCAGGCUCUCUAAUUGAGCUCAAAGACGGGCGACUGAGAAGGGUGGAGGACCUGCAGACAGAGGAUUUCCUACUCAGCUCGCUUGCCUGUCCAGACCUCCGCCUGAGCUGCUGCACAGUGCAGAGCAUCUCGCCCUCGGCUUCCUCCUCCUCCCUCUCACGCCUCCUCAUCCUGAUCCAUGACCAGCACUCCCAGGAGUUAGUGGAUGUGUAUGUGGAGUAUCCAUUCUUUGUACGCGGGCGAGGCUGGUCGUCCUGUUGCCCACAGAGAACUGCUCGUCUGUGUGGCCUGCAGUGCCGCCAACUCACUGUAGGGGACAUCUGCCUGGCUCUCACCCCCGCAUCACCCCCCCAGCCUCCACCAGGAGCUACCCUGAAGCCCAAAACAGCACCCAGCCUCCCUGCAGCACCAGAGGGUCCAUCAGGGGGGCGGAAGAAGAAGGCAGAUCCGGUCCGGAGGCGACACUGGUCAGCCCCUGAGCUCAGAGGUUCAGGCACUAAUUAUGUGUAGUGGUACGGGUUACAAUUUCAUGGACUGCGAGUGAGCCAAGCUCUUCUAAGCUCUGCUAAAGUUGACUUCUAUUUGCUGUAUUUCUACCUCGUAAAUCCUAUCUGUAUCUGUGCUUGACCCUCUCUUUCUUCCGUGUGAUUUGCAUCAAAGGAAUUACAGCUGAAGAGGGACGAUAGGCAUUGACUCUCAGGAUGACCUAGAGAUAAAUCUACAUUUGCACAGAUUUGAUUGUCCAAGUUAGUCAGGUGAUCACAGACUGACUGUGUUUGUAAAUAAGGACAUCAUGUGUGAAAAUAAUCCUUUUCUGAAACCACAGAACACAGUGUAUUGUAUUCCAAUUAUCGUGAUCCUGGUGGAAGUCCAUCAUUAUGACAGAUCUCAGGCACUUCGAUAAAUAUUUGUGCCAGAUUGGAGAAUCAAGGCAUAAAUCUAUGAUGCAAUGGAGAGAAACCGUUGAGCUGCUCUUCAAACGGUAAAUUUGAGACUAAUCUCGUCGGCUCAAAGAAUAUUUGUUGGAGCUUUUUACCCUCAAAGUAAACUUUCAUAGUACUAGCAAGCAGUUCUGACAAAAUCAGUUCAUGUUCUUUGAAAAACACACACAACACCCACUCAGCUCUUUCAGUACUGAUAGUAUCACUGAACAAUUUGCUGUCUUUUCUGCCUUGUUUUACGUGGCACUUGCUCAUGUUUACCAGUGAUGGAUUUCAUUCCAAAUACUGUACUUCAGUCAGGACAGCUAACAUAUAGGAAACAUAUUUAUUGAAUCAUGAGGUAUGACAAUGGGUUUGACUUUGGCAGACUGGAUUUGCUUUUAUAUUAGCUGGUGCACACACAUUUGGUUUCAUAGAUCGCUGGUGCAUAAACAUAGCAUUUUGCGGGGAUAAAAGCAAUCCCCCCUGGAACAUAAAAACAGAUCUAAGCAGGUGGAGACGGGUUAGCGAUGCUGUAACGUGCAAGAAGCAGCAGCAGGGCAGCUAGACAAGCAAACUGUCAAGGUAAGCUGAUGUGUUUUUUAUUUAUUAUAAGGUUUUGAAUUUAGGGAGUGAGAUGAUGAUUGAUUCGCUAUGAAAAGCGCAAAAGUCAAGAACUAAUCAGCUGACGGUACUGGAGAGAGAUUCCUGACUGAACCGGCUCUGCUCAUAAGUCUAUCUCUUUAGGGUAAAAUAUUUCAUUACAUAAAUUUCCAACUUCCAUCUAACAAGCUUUUUUUUUUUUUUUUUCAUAAGCAAUAGCCACCCAAUUCAACCGUUUUGAAAAGUUUUAAUUUAACGGCAGAAACCUUAACCUGGCUGACCUGUCCAAGGUCUGUUCUGCAAUUUGACAGUGGAUAAUCGCAUUAACAAUCAAUAGCUA